AUGUUGUCUCCUGAUUACGCUAGUGAUGUAAGCGACGAUGGCACUGCCACCGAAUCGACAGAGGAGCCGAAGUACAAAUGCAUGUAUUGUCCGAAGUUGUUCUCCAAAACGCAAGCAUUGGGUGGCCACCAAAAUGCUCACAGGAGGGAGAGAGAUAACACCAAAAGACGGGCCCUUUUAGAGUGUAUGAAUCUGUUGGGUCCAAAUUCGUACCCGUAUCCGUAUCCGUAUCCAAAUCCUUUUCCUAACCAGCAUGCACUCCCGCCGGGAUUUGAAAUACCUCGUUUCAAAAAUGAUGGACCGAGUGAUCUAGCCAUGGUUUACAACCAAUGUACCAGGUACUCAAGCUCUGACUUUGCAAGACUACAGGUUGACCCAAGUCAGAGAAUGGAUCAAGGUUGGGCCAUUACCGCGGAUCCAUACCAACCCGUCAUGGCGCAACACCAACCUCAACCAUUACUGUCUACAUCAUCACCAAUUUGUUUAGACCUUUGCCUUGGUGUUGGGAAUAGCUCCCAAACCCAAACGCAAGCUAAAGAACCAAACAAUGCAAUGGAGAUGGUUGCUGAGAAAGAAGAUGAUGACCUUUCCCUCACUCUCUCACUCUAG